CCUCAAUCCAGUCGCCCGCGACCACAUCAGGCAUUUCGCGACUGAACAACCUCUCCCAUCCCCCAUAAGCAGUAAGGUCAUCCGCGCCCAUCUCAAAAGAGUCAUAUUCGUCAUACCACACAUCUUCCCCUGCCCGCCUCUUAUAUUCCCCCGUCUCGUCUCCUCUCCACCAUGGCCGACAUCACCGACCACGCCGACCAGGCCUCGCCCUCCGCCCUCGACGAGCACUCCGUCGGGAAUGGCAAUCCAAUUGGCGAGAGCCGUGGCAUCAAGCGCCAGCGCCCAACUACUGCCGACGACGACGACGAUGACGAUGACAAGCCCGGUCGUGAGCGGAGGAAGAUUGAGAUCAAGUUCAUCACGGAUAAGUCGCGUCGCCACAUCACCUUCUCCAAGCGCAAGGCCGGUAUCAUGAAGAAGGCAUACGAAUUGUCCGUCUUAACCGGGACCCAAGUCCUCCUGCUUGUCGUGUCGGAGACGGGUCUGGUCUACACCUUCACAACUCCCAAGCUGCAACCCUUGGUUACCAAGGCCGAGGGCAAGAACUUGAUUCAGGCGUGCUUGAACGCACCCGAACCGGCCGGCAAUGGCGAGAACGGCGUCGAUGAUUCCAACCCCGUCGAAUCCCCCGAAGAGCCUACCCCACAACAUCUCCCACCACAACAAGCCCGCACUGGCAUGCCCCAGGGCAACCCCCAAAUGCACCCAGGCUACAUGCCGCAAACGAUCGAGCAGCAGCAGGCCAUCGCGUAUCAGAACUACGUGGCCCAGCAACAAAGAAGCGGCUAUCCUAUGCCUCCUCAAGCCGGCAUCCCACAACAACAUUCGCACCAAGCAUAGAGUCGAAUACUCGAGGCCCCUCCCCGUAACGAGAGAGGGUUGAGCUAGUCUUUGAAAGAAACUGAUACCCGGCACACAUAAUAC